AUGGCGGAGCACUUGGCAUCCAUAUUCGGGACAGAGAAAGACAGGGUGAACUGUCCAUUCUACUUCAAGAUCGGAGCUUGCAGACAUGGUGACCGAUGCUCCAGACUUCACACAAAGCCCACAAUCAGCCCGACCCUUUUGCUCUCUAACAUGUACCAGAGACCUGACAUGCUCACUCCUGGUGUAGAUCCUCAGGCUCAAUCCCAGUCCCUCGAUCCCCGCAAGAUCCAAGACCACUUUGAGGAUUUUUAUGAGGAUUUGUUUGAAGAGCUCAGCAAGUAUGGUGAUAUUGAGAGCUUAAAUAUCUGUGAUAAUCUUGCUGACCACAUGGUGGGUAAUGUUUAUGUCCAGUUUAGAGAGGAAGAGCAUGCUGCUAAUGCCCUUCGCAAUCUUAAUGGAAGAUUUUAUGCAGGGCGACCCAUCAUUGUUGACUUCUCUCCUGUCACGGAUUUCCGCGAAGCUACAUGUAGGCAAUAUGAGGAAAAUGUUUGCAAUCGAGGUGGUUACUGCAACUUCAUGCAUCUUAAGAAGAUUAGCAGGGAGCUGAGGAGGCAAUUAUUUGGGAGGAACAGGCGAAGACGUAGCCGCAGUAGAAGCCAUAGUCCUCCUAGGCAUCGUGGUCAUGAGGAGCAGCGUCCACAUGGUGGUCGUGGUUUUAAUAGGAGAGAGGAUGAUAGGGAUUAUCACCAAGAAAGGGGCAGGAGGCCUAGAAGCAGAAGUCCUGGACGCAGGGGAGGACGGGGUAGCCCUGGGGGAGGAGAAACAGGAGUCCUGUCAGAGAAGGCAGUGCUGAAAGAAGGGCAAGGAUUGAACAGUGGAACAGGGAAAAGGAACAGACAGAAUCUGGUGUUAGAGUUGAUAACAGAAACCCUGACAAUGACAGGAAUAGCAGUGACUUUGCUGACAAUGGUGGUCAUUAUGAUGAUGCUCAGCACUAGUAGGAGCUUGAUGGAUAGAACUAGUGACCCUCUUGGAAACCUCUGUGUUUUCUCUUUCACCGGCCUUGAACCUUUCUCACCUCAUCAAUUGUCUUUAAAAAGUCAGAUGUUUAGAGGGUAG